CAAGACCCAACAACAUCUCGGGUUUGCACCAUGAUAUCGAACAGGUUUAGGAAUGGAUCUGCACAAGAUGUGUCCCCAUUCUUCAGAAAGCUAAACUGGGAUAUCCGUCGCCUCAUCUACAUCGAACUCUUUGGUGAAUCUCUCGUCCAUAUCGGCUUUUCUCAGCCGAAAGCGGGAGGUAUGACAACCAAGACUCCCAAGCUUCCUGGCCUGUGGCAUUGCAUUUGUCGAAAAUCACGCGAGGAAGCCCCCGAUAUGUACCGCGAGCAUGAUCGUGAGUGGUGCUCUUGGGCUUGCUGGUUGCUAGCAGUGGGUGCUCAGGAGGAGGUUCGCAGACACAGGGGAAGGGAAUGUUAUUUGGCCACUCAUCUUCUUUUCACUUGCAAGUUUGCUUUUGAAGAAGGCAUUGGCAUCCUCUACGGGACAAACUCGUUUAUAUUCCACAGCCCGCGAGACUUUUCCACUUUUCAGUCCUACGCGAUGUCAUACCUCCACUCCUUCAGGUUUAUUGACGUCGUCGUGGGCGAUGGACCUCGUCGACACCAAGGUGACUGGCUUCCAGAGCUCAAAGCCUUGUGCACGACCAUCCGUGAGCCUUUCCACCGUCUCAACCUGCGGAUUCGGGUUUUAGAAAAGUAUGGCUUCUCGGUGGGGAAGAGAUCCGUCGUGUCAGCUAUAGCACGAGCUGUGCAAAAACUUCUACGGAGUGAUGACGAUUUUGUCCGGCAUAUUGAUCUCUUCUUGUCGGAAAACCUCUUGUCGGCCGUUCAGUCCAAGGUGAAGAGACUGAUCGAAAGAGACUUGCUCGCACUGAUGCCAUGUUCGCCAACGGACAACAGUGACGAGGGCUCCGAGUCGGCCAUGUUCGCUCUCGCACUGAUGAUGUCCGAACCUAUUACUCGCAACACCUUUUGUAAGCGCAUGGCUCUCAUGACUCUGAACCCGAUAUGUGAACAGCUUUGGUGGCCUUCACAAUGCCUCUUGAACUUGUCAAGUGGAAGGAAGUCUGGCGAGAACUGAGGGGGUGGACAAGGGUGGGCAAGGCGACAGCGGUCUGCUCUGAGGGCAAUUUGGGACUGGUUUUUGCCCGCUAAGAGCUGGAGCAUGGAGUUUUCAUACUUGUCAAUCAAGGUAGCCCGAAUUUUCUUGUGGGUGGAUGUACCUGCACUUCAUCAGGGGGAAAGGCUGGUGAUUGCGACAGCUUAGUCGGUAGUGAUAACGAAAAGUGUAUUCUGC